AUGCCAAUUCCGAUCCCAAUCCCCAUCCCGGAGCUCAAUUCCGGUCCACUGACGACAGACAGGACCGCCAUCGAAUCCCAAGAGAGCAGCCUACGACGAUACGAGCAUCUCUUCGCGCUCGCUCUCAUCCAGAUGCCGCCGCGGCAAGAGCAGCGUGGCCGUGGUCGCGGAAAACGUCCCAGGGACUCGCCUCCAGACGCCACCCGACCUGCCGGAUUCGCCCCGAUCAACAACAGCCCUUCAGCUUCCCGACCGAGCCUACCGAAUCUUCCAUACGAGAGUGCGUCGGCGAGCCCGACUCGUGAUGCAAGCACGCGGGCGCAGGCACCACCACCGCCCGGAAAGGUUGCCAUCCCAGCGCUGAAGAACCCCCGGCUCGCGGAUUCCAAGUCUUCCCUCAAGAAAGGAAGGACGGCCCAUGCAUGCGACUUUUGUCGGAGAGCUAAAGCGGGCUGUACCGGCGGCGAUCCGUGUACCAGAUGCCGAAAUGCCAACGUCCCGUGUGUUUAUGGUGAUGGAAAGAGAGACAAGGAUAAGAAACGAUUGACCAAGUUGAGCAAGAAGACCAUAUCUCUCAACCAGCAUGCUUUGGAUGUAACCGAGGCCCUCCGUCGCAUUCGACUUGAUACCUCGCUGUCGAUGGAAGACAUGAGAGCGGCAAUCGAUCAUGUGCUGACCAUGGCACCGGCUCCGGUAACGCCAGAGAACGACGGCGAUGGGGAGCCAGCCCGGAGUAGGAGUCGACCUUCCUCCGAUCCAGGAGACGAUGGGAUCAGCGGCAAUGAAGACCUUGAUGCCGAAGUGGGCUCCACCGGCUCACUCGAUGUGAUCAAUGUCAAUCCCGAUCAGGACGACACCCGAGCCACCGGAUAUAUGGGGAAAUCGUCGUCCGUGGCGUGGACAAAACGCACCGUGGAUGAGUGUGGUCCCACCGCAGAUCCACGAUCCCCUCUUGGGGAUGAGCCGUCUGGAUUCGUUUCCGCCUCGUAUCACACCGAAGACCCAGACGUGGAGUACUUUGAUACUGGUAGCAUCCGAUAUUUUGACUGGCCGGAACCCGAGCUGGCCGAUGCCCUGGUCCAGUCGUAUUUCGACACUAUCCACAGGGCAUUCCCGAUCGUGGAGAAGGUCAGCUUCAUGGCGAGAUAUAACAUGUUUGUGCGAGGCUCGACCGACCUUCAGGUCGAAGAGAUACUGUGGCUCGGGACCCUGAACAUGAUCUUUGCCAUCAGUGCCGUCUACGCUCACCUCACACGUAGUCGGAGUCGAGGCCAUUAUUUUGAUCAUCGGAUCUAUCUCGCGAGAGCCAAGAUGCUUUGUCUGGAUCAAGGGCUGCUGUACGAGGAUGCGAGAGUCCAUACGACUUCGGCUCUCGGCUUGCUAUGUCUGUACUUUAUCACCACCGGCGGGCUUAACAGAGCUUGGGCCAUCGGUGGCCUUGCAAUACGGCACGCACUGACUUUAGGCCUGCACGUCAGAAGUGAGGCUGAGACCCUGUCCGAUUUCGAUAAGGAGUAUCGCGUCCGUCUCUGGUGGUCGCUGUACUCCUUGGAAUGCCUCUUGAACGAACUCACCGGGAGACCAAGCUGCAUCUCGGACAGAGACAUCAGCACACCGCUGCCAGUUAAUAUAGACGAAGACGAUCUGCGGCCGGGGCAGUCUUUGUAUGAGAGACCAGGCGAUAGACCACGAAGCAGUCGGCGCGGCUCACACAGCUCCGUAUCCCGGGAAUCGAGACGCCGCGCCUCGGCAACCUAUCAGAUGCCGGCGGGCAUCGCUCAACCCCUGGCCUACAACUUCCCUGUCCUCUCCCUCCCAGCAACCACGUCGACCUACUUCAUCUACCGCACUCAACUCGCCAUCAUCUCCCACGAGAUCGUAACUCAGCUCUACUGCGCCGCGACGAUCAAAGAAAAAUGGGUCGAGGUGCAAGAGACUAUCCAUCGCAUCGACUCUCGCCUGAGUGCCUGGUCGGAUAGUUUGCCUCCCGAGUUCUCCCUCACUUUUGACCGCUACGAUGAGCCCGACUGGAACGACCCACAUGUCCUCUCACGUAUGGGGCUCGCGAUGCUGUACAACAGCUCGCGCAUGAUUCUCUUCCGUCCCUGCCUCUGCCGCUUCGAAGGCCGCAUUACAAGCCAGAGCGAGAAGAGCAAGCAGUUCAGCCAGGUGUCGGUCGAGAUGUGCAUCCGCUCCGCGCGCACAAUGAUCAACCUGAUCGGCUGGUCUGCCCGCAGCGUCGAGAAACUCUACGCCAUCACGCCCUGGUGGCACACGCUCCACUACAUCUGCGAGGCGCUCUCGGUCCUGAUGCUCGAACUCGCCUACCAAGCUCAGCACCUCCCCGGCGAAGCGGCAGAGAUCCUCGACGACGCAAAGAAAGGCAUACGGUGGCUCGUGAUGAUGGCCGGCGAGUCCAUCUCCGCACGCAAAGCGUGGGAGAUCUUCGACUCGCUGAUCCGCCUCGUGGCGCCCAAGAUCCACUGGUCCGUCUACGACCUGCCGACCACGGCUCCCAUCCCCCCCGGCUACAACUGGCGCCGGUGGCAACCGCACGCGUCGCACAGCCAGACUGCCUACCAACCUCAGCCUCCUCCUUCGUCCCCGGCCUUGCCCGGCACCCACUACGGGCCACAGCACGCAAGCCAAACCCCAACCCAACUCCAAACGCAGUAUCCCGACCCAGCACAGACAUCAUUCCCAGCUCCACCCUGGGGCCCAGCAGCUGCAAGCUUCGAUCUCCACUUGCAAAUGCAUCAAAACCCACAACACCACCAACAGCAGCAGCAGCCCCUGAUGGUCAAAGGCUACCAGGCCAGUAACCCGCUUGAUCAAAGCACAGCCGUGCAGAUGUUCGGCAGCAUCGGCAGCGUGCACGGGCACUUUGACGAGCCGUGGCAGCACAUGUUCCAGAGUGGCGGGGCGGGUAUGGGACCACCACCUCCUGCAGGGUCGCAGGCAAGGGGCAGUGGCGGCAGCGGCGCCAGCGGUAGUGGCAGCGGUAGUGUAGGGAGAGGAGGGGCUUUCGUAGGGAGCAGUGCGGCGGGUGGGUUUUUCGAGGGGAUUGGGGGGUUUGAUGGGGGGGAUGGUGGUAAUUCGAGUGGUGGUGGUGGUGGUAGUGGUGGUAACAGCGGUUAG